AUGGCACUCGUCGAUUACUCUUCGUCUGGUGAUGAAGCAGACGACGUCCACACGGUAUCCAGAUCCACGGCGUUGAAACGGCCACGUGAGGAUAGCGACAACAACGACGACAACGACAACAACGACAACAAUAAGCACAAUAAGCCCUCGUCAGACUUGCCUCCUCUACCCUCCAAGUUCUAUGAUUUAUAUGCGUCGACCACCAGGGUGGGCACGCGGGAUGACCCGAGUCUCCAUGGUGGGAGAAAACGGGUCACCCCUCAUAUCGAGGGCAAUUGGCCAACCCACCUAUACAUCGAGUGGUAUCCUUUAACCAUAGAACACGAAUCUCUGACCAGUUUGAUCUCGACUUUGAAAGGUGCAAUCCCCUCAGAGGGGUCCAAGAUCCAAUCGCUCUUAACGAGUGACCUGGGCGCUCCUCUACCCCUUCACGUUAGUCUUUCGCGGCCGAUUGGCUUUGCGACCGAGCAGAGGCAUAGAUUCGUGGCCUCCUUAGAGCGCACUAUCCGCUCAGCACGAAUUCGACCUUUCGAUAUUACCUUCUCACGCCUGGACUGGGUUCCGAAUUUCGAGGGGACCCGCUGGUUCCUAGUUCUCCGACUGAAUGUGCCCGAUUCCAAUGGUUUGAAUAGACUACUUCACGCUUGCAACAAGGUCGUACAAGAGCAUGGGCAACCGCCCCUUUAUACCAAGACUAUCGAGAAGAACCCCCAACCAAUGGAAUCGUUCAAGAACGCCAGUAAAGUGUCUCGGCCUUUCGGAUCAGACGUGGAAGGGAAUAGCAUGCAAGAUGUCUCAGAUGAUGUCUCAGAUGCUUUCCAUAUUAGUAUCGCCUGGACCCUGGAGCCACCAAGCCUGGACCUGCUGAAGGCUACAGAGUCUACGGCAAAGGACCAAUUCCAGGACGUCAAGAAAAUGUUAGUCAAGGUUGAAGAAGUCAAGGCAAAGGUUGGAAAUGUCGUGACCAACAUAUGUCUGCAAAAUAAGGUACUGGAGGGGAAAGGACUGUUUGGAUUAUGA